AUGAAGGGAGGCAAGGAGGCGGUGAGCCUUCCUACCCUCCCUCUCUCCCAGCUGAGAAGAGCCGAGGAGGUGACUCGCUCAGCGCCGAUAGGAGCAGCAAGAGAUGAGCACACGGCCAUAUUUGUCCAGCACUUGACCAGGGCGCUGUCGGAGACCAGAGAUGUACUCCUGGCGGAGGAGAUCAAGUUCUGUCUCGCGUUCUGCGACUUCUGCAUCAGGAAGCCAGUGGGUGAGCUGAGGUACACGUGCUCGCUGUGGAAAGAGAAGGACAACCUCCAAGGGUACAACCCGUCCUUCACUCGCAAGCUGAAAACGCAAUACCCUGACGCCGUCACCCCUCGAGACAAGCAGCAGGCUUACCCCUUCGAGCUGCUCUGGCAGGAAGGAUGCGAGGUGCUGGGGAUCAGGAGCGACAGGAACCAGGAAAGCAAACCAAGUGCUGCUGUCGGGCAAUCGAAAGAUGAUCACUUCCGACAAGACAAGACAACUCGAGCUCGCAGAGAGAGAUAUGAAGCUCCAGCAACUGCACGCUCAGUACACAGUUGCUUGUUCGAGCUUCGAACGCCUCGGAAAGGUGACGACGUGGACUGGAAGGCUCUCCCAGCAAGGAAGAUCAUCUUCUUCAACCCUCCGUAUCGCAGCCUGGACGAUGCAAGGGGGAUAAGCUUGACGGAGGACGAAGGAAUACAUACCCUCUCCCUCUUCUUCCGCAGCCUCAGGAGCUUCCUGAAGCUGCAGAACUUUCAUUGCGAGGACGCGCUCUCAUACGAGGAAGCGAGACAGUCUUGCUUCCUUGAGCUGCAGCAAGCCGUCAGUGAUGUCUGGCAUUUCAUGCAGAAGAAAAGCAUCAGAGCAAGACAGGAGGAUCCAGACAGGGUUCUCCCGCACCCUCAACUUCAUUCCCCUCAAACUUGGAUCAUCCUGAACAGCAGGACGAAGUUGGCAAGGACGGCGGAGAGGAAAGGAGGGCAUACCGGUGCGAUCAUACCACAGAGGAGCUCGACGGUGUUUGCGCAUGAGCAGCUCACGCAAGUUCUCCAUGCGAGGGGACGAGCAGCGUUGAACUUCGCUGGCACAAGGCUGAGAUCCAGCGCUACAAGGACGAGAUCCACGAGGGAGCUGCUGCUGGAGACCAGUCUGACUGACGGCAGGGAAGGGUCAGAGCUCGCUCCACUCUCCCCGCAGCUUUCAGCCGUCAAGAAGGUCGCGGAAAGCGACGACGACAGCGAUGAUUCGCCGCGGGGAGGGAGGAAGGACAGCACAGAGCAAGAGCAGCCAGCAAGACUCUCGUCUCCUCUCCUCAGAUGCGAGGCCGUGAGCUUCAGACCCAGAAAGGAGCUGCUGAGGGUGGGGGGGCAGGCAUGGAAGGAGAAGACAAAGAUCGUGUCCAAGGCAAUCUUCUCACAGUUCGGCGUGUCUUUGAACAGAUGCUUUUUGUCGUGGAAGACGCUCUGCAGGGUGUCGUCGUACAAGCGGAAAGUGGUGAUGCGAUCGAAAGUUUUUGAUGAUGAUGAUGGUGAUGUCGACGACGACAACAUCAACAACGAUGAUGAUGACGACGAUGAUGAUGAUAACGAUCUUGUUCUUCUUGUUCUUCUUCUUGUUGUACUUCUUGUUGAUUUUGAUAAUGACAACUUAUUCUAUGAGAAGAUCGAAGUCGACGAUGAUGUCUUGGAGGCUGCAGAAUCGUUUGUCUUCUUUGAUGCGGACGGAUCGUAUCAAGUCUCUUUCGUCGAGCUGAAGAGAGGGCUGUACAGGAUGAACUUACACGAGAUAUGGAGAUGCGAGAUGUCGGAGUGUUGCAAGUGGAAUUGUCGGACCUGCUACGGCAACGAUGAGGAGAACAAGAAGUCAGAGCAUUCGUACUUGAUCAUGGACGAUAUGCUGCUCCUGGCAAUUAUGAGAAGCGCAGACAUGUGCCUCACAGAUGGGAAUCUUGACUUCAAGGAGUUUGGAGAUUUCUUCGACUUUGCUCUGAUUGAUACGCCCGUCAAGGAGAGGAAGGUCAAGAUCGCGCAGCUGAGAAAUUCGAAUGCGGCGGAAAAGACCCUUUCAGAGAUGUCAGUCAAGAUUCGUACGCAAGAAGACAUUAUUCUGUCGCUCCUUGAGGACAGCGCUCUCCAUCUUGUCCUUCAGCCCGGCAUCCUCCACCUUAGGGGGUACAAGUUGAAAGAGGUCGACGAGGAGGGAGACAACGUCAUGGACGUACUGGAGGACACACUCAGGGUCUUGUUGAGUCUUGACAACGACGAGAGGUACUUGCUUCUCAAUUCGGAGGUCCCCCCGCCGUUCUGCUACCCUGUGUGA